AUGGCAAGAAAAGGUAGCAGAAAAGUCAGGACAGGAUGUUUUACCUGCAAGACCCGUAAGGUCAAAUGCGACGAGACCAAACCAGCAUGCUUGAGGUGUUCCAACACUGGCCGUCAGUGUGACGGCUAUCCGGCCCCGCCUAGGUCCGAGCUCCGGCCGUUCCGCCCAAAAACCAUAGCCAUGUUCCCCGGCGUCGCUAGCCAAGCCGAAGGUCGGGCACUGCAGUUCUUCUGCGAAAUGGCCGGCCCGAACCUGCCGGGGUCCAUCGAACCCUUCUUUUGGACGCACAUUGUCCUGCAAUUUAGCAGGUUUGAGCCUGCAGUGAGGCACUCCCUUGUUGCGAUCAGCUCUCUGUAUGAGGAUGUCACCAAAGCCAAGGUAGGGCCGAGUUCGCUGAAAGGUCAGCGGCUUCGUGACAACAGCCUAGCACUGACACACUACAACUCUGCGAUUAGAGAGCUUAUGGGGUUGAAGAACCAGGAGGUGGUGCUCCUGGUCUGUGUUCUCUUCAUCUGCAUAGAGCUGCUGCAAUCCAACUCAGAGGCUGCUCUUCGGCACUGUGCUCACGGAAAUGCCAUUUUCAAGUUUUCCGAAACUGCAUCUUAUCAUUGGGUGAAAGAGUGGCUGAUGCCUCUGUUUCGUCGCCUAAAUGCCUUGCAGUAUUUUUUCGCACGAAAAGAAGACAGCAUGCCGGACCUGAGCAUCUCGGCUUAUGAAACGCCAGUCUGGUUUUCCAACUUCAAAGAGGCGGAGUUAAUGAUAGACGACAUCUUCAACCAGUCGUUCCAGCUUAUUCGCCUCGGCUCCCAUUAUCGGAUCGGGAACAUGCGACAUAAAAAGCCCACAGAAGACUUGCUUGCAGAGCAAAAGAGGGUCACAGGCCUACUAGAUUUGUGGUUUGUUCUUUUCAAGAACCUCGACACUCGACCAAAAUCGGCUAAGGAUGCCAUUACGGGAAUCCCACGUAUAUUCGCCCUGGCGCGGUACCGAAUUUGUCAAAUUUGGUCAGGCAUGGCUUUCAACCCGUCUGAAAUGGGCUACGAUGCGUACGAAAACGACUUUCGUCUGAUGGUCAGCCAAUUAUCGGAAGCUGCCAAUGGACGCAUGAAAAGCAGCAGUCGAAACAACUUCGAGUUCGAAAUGGGAUUCAUAGCGCCCGUUUCUUUCAUUGUCAUGAAGUGUCGAUUCCUCGAUCUUCGCCUGGAGGCCUUGCGCUGUCUCAAGGUGCUUGCCGCACCGCGAGAGGCCCUUUGGCAGAAGGACGGGAUGUACGCAUUGGCCAAACGAAUCGUUGAGAUAGAGCAUGGGUUAUCCCUAGACUGCGACGGUAGACCUUUUCCGGGCGUUGAGCCCUCCACUCCCCGGUUACCCCCCGACGAGAUGAGGGUGGUACAUUUUGUCACAGAAUUCCUCCAGGGCCGCCAUAAUAAUUUCUACGGGCAUGAGGUUCGCGGUAGGAAAGUCGUGUUCAUCAUGAGUGGCCCUGGAGAUCGCAUGGUUUUUCGCCCUGACGUCCUCGAUGAGGAGCAAGUCCCGUUGUCGGCCUGGAGCCCAGAAAUCACCCAAGCGGAGAUUUUGCGAUGA